ACCGAUGCACCAUUAUACGCACUUCCUUUAGCGUUAUGGACGGAAGUGACGCAGUCCUUACGCGACUCGAGACGUUAGCCGCGCAUUAUCCGGGAAAAUUCAAACUGGGUUACAUGAAUUUUGAUGAAAACAUGGACCGCUGUGAAGCUGGGAACAUUUAGUCUGUUUUUCUUCUAAUACAAUAAUGUAUCAUCCACUACAAGACUAUUUAAUUGCUCCUGAAGCCCCAAAGCUUGGUGACAUGAUCACACCAGUCAAAGCAACUCAAAAUUGGACAACUGGGUCAGGCAGGAAGAGUUCAAACCGAGACGUGUUGGUGAUGAACUCCACAGCACAGAAUGCUGAAGAAAAUAGCCCACAUAUCCCCUGUGAGAUCAGCAGCAUCAAUGCCACUGUGGAGGUUGCCCCUCAAGACAAAGCUGAACUGAUGAAGAGAUGCACUGAGACGCCGGCAAAGAUUUUUGCAAGAAUGAAGGCAAAAGUUCAGAGACAUUACUCUGCAGGGCACGGGCCAGCCUCUGAUCAUGUUGUAAGCCAAGAGAUUUGUGGUGGUUUCCCCUCAAACCCUGUAACACAGUACUCACAAAAGAAUAAUGCAAGCCAGGAGACAUACGUGUUAGCCCUCUCUCCUCCUCAAUCACCGAGAAAAGAUGCACAGCCUGAAGAAACAGAUCUAACACAAGAUAGUAAUUCCAUCAGUCUUCAUAAAAGGCCUGGAAGACAACAUGACACGUUUAAUAUGGAGUCAUUUAUGGAGCCAUAUGUUUUACUUAAGAGCAUACCUGAGGAGAUGUUAACAGAGUUGAAAGCAAGGCAAAUGCCGGAGCAUCUUUGUAAAAGAAACAGACAGCCUUCUGCGCUGUUGGACAAGGAAGUUCCUGGUCAGACGUUAGCCCAGCUUCCACGGAAACACAUCACUUAUGUCAGCAUUUCAAAGAACAGAAAUGGAGGUGGUAUUGUUUUUGGUGAGAGGAGCAUUUCGACAGACAAGGAGAAUGAAGAAGACCUUCAAGCAGACACGUCACGUAGUCCUGAGUCUGAUCCGUUUGGACAGUCGGAGUUCACAGAAGUGGUCCCUAGACUCCCUCAGCUCCCUCAUAAUCUACUAGAUGAUCCUCUACUGCAGCUCUCUCCUCGGGUGUUGAUCCCUCGAAAGAAAGUGUCUGUGUUUCAGUCAAAACAACAAGUAGACAUAGCUCUAGAUGAGGAAACAAGUGUGAGAGGCAUUCAUUUAAGACAAUGGGUUGUGAAACUGCUCAACAAAGACAUUGUUGUUGAUGGUAUUCGCGUAGAUAAUAUGAUACCUUGGCAUAGCAGUUUUAUCACUGAAAGAAUCUCGAGUAAUGUUCUCAAGACGUCAUCUGGCAGAACCUACGUCCUCAUUGGGAAAAUGGCCACACAUCCCAAUUCAUCAUUUCCAUCAUGGUUUUUGAAGAAAUUUCUCUUUGGGUUUCCAAAAAUGUGGAAGGAGUACCUGGAUCAGUUUUUGAGUUGUCAUGCUGGAAAAAAUCUGGAUGACCGUGUGAAGCCAUGCAAAACUAAAAACCAACAGGCUUCUAAAAACUCAACAUCCAAACAUCCCAAAAUUCAGAGUGUUGUAACCACUCCCAUCACUCCCACUGACAGUGUUCAGCAGGGCAGUGCAAAAGUUUCCCGCAGUGGCCGACUCAUCAAACCUCCACUGGAAUACUGGAAAGGAGGGCGGAUUGUUAUGGACUCUGACAUGAAUGUCACUGUCCAUGAGGACUACUCUACAUCACUGCUGUCCACGCCAAAGAAGCCAGUAACUAUGGCAACAUCACAUAUCACAGAGGAGGAAUCCUCCAGGCCUGAAACUCUGGAAAGAGGGAGGCGUAACACAUCUAGCAGUGAAGAUGAAUUGUCAGUGCCAAUGAGGAGAAUCAAACAGCAUUCCAAACCCCAAAGAAAGGUCCAGAGCGAUCCGCCUCUAAUUGAGAGCACAACACGGAAUAAACCUCCAAGAGCUCAGAAAGGACCCCUGGUUAUGGCUAUCAGCUCUAACUUGAGUCAUGGAGUGAAACAAAAAGCUAGUCGACCUCAAAGAGCCUCUCUGAGAAAGCAACAAUCAGGGGAAAAGGAAAAUGCAAUGGUUUCAGAGUCAGAAACGAUAGAGAACACAAUGGUUGAUUCAGUGAAUGGGCAUGUCUUGCAUAGUGAAUCGGUGUCAUAUGAUGAGCAGAAAACAGGCUUUGAGAAUGAUCUGAAGACAAAGUCUUCCCAAAAGCAAAUUCAGGAUGAGCCACUAUCCAUGCCACAUGAAAGCAGUUCUUUACGCCGAAGUGCUCGGAUAUACUCCAAAGCCCAGUACUCUACUGACUCAAACAGCUCAUUUGCAUCUCCAGACCCUCCAAAAAGGCGACGAGGAAAAAGUUCCACAGACCAUGUACAGCUAACAAAACCUCAGACUGAGACCUCUGUGGUGAAAGACUCCAGCAGUCACAAGGAACAAAAUGAACAGGAAUCAGUGAGAGUUUUGCAUAGACCAAAUAAAACCUCUCAAAAAAAUUCAGAUGUUUUGGUGGGAGAUUCUAUAGAUUUUCCCACACAUGAUGAUAAAGAGAGAAGGCGACACAACAGGAAGCCUCCUGCGUGUACAUUAUUGUUAAAGAGGACAAGACAGAGGAAAGCUAAAUCUGAACGUAAAACGAACAGACACUUUGCGUCCUCAGAGGACAUGCAUUCUGAGCACUCAGAGGAUGAGGAAAGUGUUCAACAUGCUGUUUCAAAUAACAGAAGAUCAAAGAAAUCUGAAACUGGAAAAGCAAACUCUAGAAGCAAAAAGCCACACACAGAAAACAGCAUUACGGAUGGACAAGAUGGGCCACUGGAUGGAAGAUGGACUGAAGAAGAGCUACAAAAACUACACGAGGCUGUCAACUCAUUGCCCAAGCACAAGAGUGGUUACUGGGCAAAUGUUGCGUAUAUUGUCGGCACUCGUUCGGCUGAAGAGUGUCAGGAACAGUUUAAUUGUAAUCAGAAGACCAACAAAAGAUCAAGAAAAAGAGCACAGAAAGCAGCAGCAACUGAGGAGCCAGGAAAGGAAAUAGUUGAAAUAACAGCUAAAGCUGGAACACUUAAAAGGAGACAGCAGAUGAGGCAUUUUUUGGACCACAUGCCCAAAGAUGACCAUGAUGACGUGUUUGCCAACUCACCAAUGCACAAUAAACAAAUCAAGUUGCCUGUAUUUGCCGCAAAUGAAGAUGAUGAAGAUUUCAGUCUGCUUCAGAACCCUCAGACACCGAGUUCUAGCAUUUCUACUGCUGCUAAAACCCCUCAGUGUCUGCACAUCAGCCCAGGAAUGCUGGGAUCCAUCAACAAGAGUAACAUGGACAAGUACAUUUACCAUCUUCAGAAGAACCAGAAGGGACGGAAACAGGGCAAAAAGGCUGCCCCAAUGGACAAGCUUACACCAACUCCAGUCGUCAAGAAGACUCUAAAGAGAUGUGUUGCUGAAGAUGAAGACUUUGUGGUGUGGAACAUGCUGUUAGAUAAAGAUAUCCCAUCCAGAGAUGAUGACAGUGACGAGGAGGAUGAUUAUUUUAUGGAGUACUGCUGACUUUCACUAAAUCAGCUUUAGUGCUGUUGAUCACAUUAUUUUACAAUAUUUUAGCUUCUACUUUUCCAGCUGUUUUUAAGUGCGUUUUGGUUUGUCAAACACCAAUGCUCAUGAAAUGUUAGCUAGCUCUAGCUUCUAAAACAUCUCAAAUGAAGAUUUGUAAUUUGCCUUGUUGGGACAGUUCUUUGACAGUGCUGUCUUUGUCAGUGAGUUGUGUAUAUAUAUAUUUUUUUUAAUUUGUUCAAAAUAAACUCAGCUCGGGAUAAAGAAAUGCAAAAAACAAGUUCUAAUUAAUUCCUCGUUUUGAAAGCAACAAGUUAAAAAUGCUACAUUUUAGAUUCUUUUAAAUUGAUUUUAUUGUAAAUAAAUAUAUAAGCAAAUAUAAUGUGUGAACAAAUAAAACGGUUAAAACUUAAUUUCUGUCCACCAGUUUUACUCAAGUGUGUUGUGCUCACAUUAAAGCCUUCUUUCUAUGUCAUGUUCCUUCACGUUUCUUAUAAAUAUGUUUUUGGAAAAUGUCUCCAUUUGUCUUUCUGCUGCUAU